UUCAAUCGUUCUGAGUAAAAAAAAAAAACAAUUGUCAAGAGUCGAUAAUAAAAUCAUGAAGACUAGACCUUGUAAUUUUAUUUUAUAUUUCCAAAUUGUGACUUUCUUGGUGUUAUUUGUAGGUGUGAACUCUCAAUUAACACCAAAUUUUUACUUAAAAACAUGUCCAAAUCUUCUUAGAGUUGUUCGUAAAGAAGUUCAAAGUGCAAUCAAGAGUGAAAUAAGAAUCGCUGCUUCUUUGCUUCGUCUUCACUUCCAUGAUUGCUUUGUCAAUGGUUGUGAUGCAUCAUUGUUGUUGGAUGGAAAUAGUAGUACAAGUGAGAAGUUUACUCCAGGAAAUUUGAACUCAGCAAGAGGAUAUGAAGUGAUAGACAAUAUAAAAACUGUUGUUGAGAAUACAUGUAGUGGAGUUGUUUCUUGUGCAGAUAUAUUAGCUAUAGCUGCAAGAGACUCAGUGUUAUUGAGUGGAGGGCCAUUUUGGAAGGUGUCAUUAGGGAGAAGAGAUGGAUUAGUUGCUAAUUUUUCUGGAUCAAGUAAUGGACUUCCAGCACCAUUUGAUAAUCUUAAUACAAUUAUUUCUAAAUUCCAGGAUGUUGGAUUAAACUUAACAGAUGUUGUGAGCUUAUCAGGUAAUAUUUAA